AUGGUGGAGCAGAGAUGGUCUCUGGUCCCAAGGGCUGUGGUGGUCUCCCAGUCCCCAAGGGCUCCCUCCUCGAUAAAACGGAACCCAUCUGGUGGUUGCACUCCCCUCACCACCAAGAUGGGGUGCACACCGAGCCUCGGACGCUGUGGUAAGGCUGGAGUGCGCGAUGAAGGUAGGGUCUCGGGAAGUGCGACAUGGUACUGA